GUGCAGCUGGCAGUGGUCACCAAAGUGUCGUCCAGGAGAGGUCGGUAGCAAGUGUUGACAUAUUGCUGUUUGAUCGCUGAAGCUAUGGACGCGAAACGCUGUCACCUUCGCGUUUCGUGACUCCCCGAGCGAAACAGCACACUCUAGCGGGGUGCAACUGCGUGAAAAUGAGCCUCAAGGUGUUAGUCAGUGGUGAAAACUAGUGUGGAGUGCUGAUAUUCAGUGAGAAUCAACAAGUGUUCGCGGGGAGGCGAACACGUUGUGACGACCACAGGAGACAGUAAAUAAAAAUGUCUUUCUCACUCACCUCGCUCUUCCUCCAUCUCCUCUUCCUCCAAGGAGUGUCGUUAGCUAUCAGGAUCAGCCAGCUGGAGGUUCCGACGCUCCUUGCAGUGGGCGAGGGAGGGUGGCUGGUGUGUGAUUGGGACGAUGAGGGGGAUCACGUGUACUCCCUCAAGUGGUAUCUUGGUAUAGAUGAGUUCUACAGGUGGACGCCUCUUGAGACGCCCUCUGUCAAGACCUUCCCCAUGCAGCACUUCAGGGUAGACACCCGUGCAUCCCAGCGCGGCCGCGUCAGGAUACACAACGUGACUGUGAACGCCGGCGGUAACUACCAAUGUGAGGUGUCUGGGGAAGCGCCUGUCUUCAAGACAUCCGUCAAGUCGUCCAUAAUGACUGUCGUGGACCUACCUGACGAGAGGCCGACGAUCACCGGAGAGGAAGAAGGUCCAUUUAAGUUACAGCAGCAAGUUACCUUCACCUGUUUCUCCCAGAAUGCUCGGCCAGCCCCAAGCCUAUCUUUCUAUAUCAACAAUCAGACAGUGGAUCCUUCGUGGGAGGAAGGAGUACUAGUUCACGUCAACAAGACGACGACACUGGAGACGGCCUUCAAGACGUUACGGUUUCAUCUUCGGCCUAACAUGGUGCAUAUGGGCGUGUUGCAGGUGAAGUGUGCGGCAUCUUACCCUGAACUGUACUGGGAGAGCAGCGAGAGAGUCUUCACUGUAGACCUACCUUACAACCACGCCUACCAGCCAGAUUCACAAGGGUUUAUGACUCACAGCGGAGAUAACUUCAGAGCGACACCACACACUCCUCUAAUUUAUUCACUACCCUUAGUGUUGAGUAUCUUGUUCUCCUAUUCUCUCUACCAUUGUUAGUUCUCAGUUUCAUUUCAUUAUCUUCUCUCACAGUAGCUUUCUUCAUUGUCGUUACCUAGACUAAUGCACUCUCUAGGUUCCUCAUGCAAUUUUCCAUAUUAUAUUAAUUACUUAUCUCUAACAUUCCAGCUUUCUCAUGUCUACUUUUUAUGUUUGAUUAAUUUCACUAUUGCCUUUUACUCACCAAUCUCUUAGUGCUUCUUGAUAUUAUUUUCUUCCUUUCAUCCUGUUCUUUCUGUAUACUUGCCUCUGCUACUGGCAGUCCUGUAUUCUCAAAUCUACCCACUUCUCUCUUCCGUUCAUAUUUAUCACUGGUUAUUACAUUUUCGUGCUAUUCAUCUAGUACUCCCGUUGUGUGUGUGUGUGUGUGUGUGUGUGUGUGUGUGUGUGUGUGUGUGUGUGUGUGUGUGUGUGUGUGUGUAUGUGUGUGUAUUUUUUCCUAUUUUUUUUUUUACCUAGUCGAAUUUGGUGGUUCUGAGCUUCAGUUUUUUGGUCCGGCAUUUAAGUGCUGCUUAUAUUUUUAUUUGAAGCUGUGAAGUGUUUCAGCUGACACUGUCACUUGCUCAAGUUAUGGCUAAAAUGUAAAACUAAGAUUGUUUCCUUAAUGUUUGUGCGAGUCAUCUGGGUAUCGUAUUUUCUCCUUUCUUUCGUUCUAGUUAGUUUCACGAUAAAUAGUAUAUCUUUGUCUACUUCGUUUAUCUGAGUACUUUGUGCAUCGUAGUCAUGUCUUUUUAAAGUCAUUCGUUCUUUUAGGUUCGAGAGUUUUAAGUGAUGCAAUAUUUCUUCAUUUCUGGUGCAGACCAAUAAUCUUUUUAUAGAAUUUUCUUUGUAUUCUUUGAGGUGUGUCCAUCAUGGCGAACACUGUACUGUAUUCAGAAGUGGCCGAAUACACAGAGUAUUGUAUAUACAGUAUUGCUCUGAGUACUUUCUAAUUUAUGUUCCUUAAUGCGGCACAUACAGUUGACAUUAUUCAGUUUGUUUACGUCUGGUGAAAGGUUGUGUGUGUUAACUCCCAGAUUUAUCUGCAUCUAUUAGUUACUUGUCCUUGGUGAUAACCAGAAGAAAUCCUCUGCUUACUUCCACAAUUACUUUUAUUAUUUUGCAUCUCCUCAGGUUGAAUUGUAGUAGCUAUUUUUCAGAUCAUUCCUAUAAUUAAACAAGGUCAUCUCUUAGUUGGAAUUUCUCACAUUGUUGUUGUUUCGCCUUCAAAUGUUAGCUUGUACUAUUUUAGCCUCUGAGGAAGAGUUUACGUACACCAGCAACAGUACGAGUCCCAGGAAGAAACCAUGUGGAUCCCCUCCUGGUUAGGUUCAUGCAAACAGAUUAGUCGUACCCCACGAUGUCUCGUUUUCUGUUGUUUGUGUUCUUUUAAUCAUCGUUUCUUCUACUGAUAAUUUCCCUUCCUCCAUUAUUUUACUUUACCUGAUUCUUUAGCCAGAAGUAAAAAUUCGUGUUUGUCUUCUGUGUGUUGCUGUCAGGAAUAUAUAAUCCACCCAUAUCUGACUUCUGUGAAUUUGCAACACAUCCUAGGUUUGUGAGGGAUGAAUAUCCCUGAACUCGGGUUGUUGCUUGAAGACAAAAAUUCAAUUCUGUGUGUGUGUGUGUGUUUUCCGUAAUCUGUCUCUCGGAAACUGUUCUAGUCAUAUUUAUAUCUUAUUUUUACAGAAUGUACUUCUGCAGUACUUCUGUAAACAUUUCUGUUUUUCUUCUGGACGUGAGGUUUUCCUUUUUUUUUUUUUUUGUAGUCUCUUAUUUUCCAUUUUAAAUUUGUGUGAUUGGUACAAACACAGGAAGAGUCGUCGAGUGAGAAAGGUUACGUGCAAGCGUUUUGCAUAAUUCUCAUUUUGAUGUGAGGAAAACUUCGUAAAUUAUAAAAGAUGGUAAGGGGGGGGGAUUAUAAUUUGUUUUGGUUUGUCUGAGAAUCCAAACAAUAAUUUUAAAGCCAGAGAUCUAGAACAAGGAAUAACUUUGUAGUUUCUGUUCUUGCAGUGACUGUUGUUUCUGCUGUAUUGGUGGUUAUUUCUGUGGCUGCCUUGUUGUAGCUUCUACUCUAAUGUAGCAGUUGGUUGAUUCAUCUGCAAUGAGUAUAUCCUCUUUUAAAAAUUGUGAGAACUUUCUGCCUCUACCUUCUCAGUUGACCAGAAUGUGUACAUUGUCUGUUCCUUCGAGUAUUUUAUACGUUGUGAUCAUAUCCAGUUUCAGCUUUUCUACCACCAUGAGUUCCACAUCUUUCAGCCUUUCUUCAAUGCUUUUUUUCCUCUGUGCUGUUACUGAUCCUUCAGUAAUAUUAUGUUUUAUAAGGUGCGGCUUUAUAUCAGCACUGCGUUUUCGAGUAUUGGUCGGACGCAUAUUUGUUGAAUACAUCAUGGAGGAGCGUUAAACAUGUAGGAGUCAUAUAAAGCCUGGGAGUGGGAGGUAAUCAUUUUUCGAUCCAAGGAGGUGGUGAGCAGAUCAUAUUCCUUGAAUCAAAAGCCCUUCAACGGCUUCAAAGAACCUCCUUUCAGGGUAUGUUGCAUACAGUAGAGUGGAAGGUUCUUUAGACUAUUCAAUGUCAAUAAUAUAUUUGUGCGAGUUUGCGAGUUUCUCACUUUCAUUCUGAGAGCUGCUCUUCUCUCGUGUGGUACCUUUUCUUUCAUAUCUUGAACCUUCGCCCGUUACCAUUACAUGUGACAAAUCUUGCAGCCAAUUCUACAACCGGUAUUAUAGCCAACAGUAAUUGUCUUGAAGUUUUUUGCAGUCAUCGUCUGUUUGAAUUCUCAUUAGUUUUACAUUUUGCGAGCCAUGCCAGGAAUGGAAGAAAUAUAAUGAGCGGGGCUCGAACUUGUGGUCUGGUGCCUCCAGACACCCACGCUACCAAUAAGACUAUUUUUUUCCAUGUUUCAUUCAUAAUAUUUUGGAGUAUAAUUUGUAUUGUCAGAUAUGAUUCUAAGGCUAAGGGAAGUCGUGUAUUUUUUUUAUCAGGAAUAAUAAUGGUUCAGGGAGAGACCAUUGGAAGACUCCCUUGCUAUAUGCUAACAUAUACUCUUAUUAAUUAUCUUAAAUGCUAUGAUUUUUUUUGAGUUAAUGUUCCCGUCUUCUCCGCAAUCUGUGUCCAUGGCUUUCGUGUACUCAAGAACUCGGCAGUCUGCCCUAUAAUUUUUCUCUUCUAUCUGAUCUCCGUGAAUUUCUAAUAGCUGUUGAAACAGUUAUUUCUGUCUCUGAAACUAUAUUGAGAGAUUAAACCUGGUCUAGUCUUCAUUUUCUCUGUGCAGAGUUGUACAGUUUAGCGAUGCCUUGAACAUCUGGCGCUUGUUAGUUUACUUGCCAUUAAUUAAUGAGCUAUGGCUUAUUCAUUGGUGGUUCUCUUUCUCUCCCUCCCCCCCCUCUCUUUCUCUCCCUCCCCCCCCCUCUCUCUCUCUCCCUCCUCUCUCUCUCUCUCUCUCUCUCUCUCUCUCUCUCUCUCUCUCUCUCUCUCUCUCUCUGUUUUGCUAUUAGCUAAUGGCCACCUUGACAACUAAUGUCGAGUUUUUCAUGUACAUCAUAGUUUUCUGUUGGCUCUCCUUCAAUCUUAGUACCUUCCUUGGAAUAGUUCCGUGACGUGGCUUUAUCUUUACUCUUGUUAUAUGGUUUAGUUUCCGCAUUCCUCCUAGUCAUGGACACUUCGUUUUCUGACUCUUGGUUUCCUUCUUGUUUCUCAUUGUUUUCCUUCACUUAAAUUGCCUGUUGAACCACGUCUUUUCUCGUAUUCGUUACUUUUAUCUCUCUGUGUGGAGAUGUGUCUUGUUAUCUCUCCAUUCCUUAAUACGAGAAGUUCAACCAUUUGUUCUAAUCUGCGGAAUUGUCUUCCCAUUCUGUGUGUACAUGUGUGUGUGUGUGAGUGUACAACAGUAAUAUGAAUCUGUAUGUAGAUAAACGAUUCAGAGAACCGACAAGUUGAUAAAUUAGACACACGUGCAACACUUCGGUAUUUUUACUGAGGAAACGUUUCGACACACGGUGGCUUCAUCAGUCCUAUACAAAGAAGAAUGGUGAAGAUCAGGAGGAGUUUGAGGUAAUCAGUCCCUCUGCAUGGAGUCUAUAUAAUCUGUCCAUCAAUCUCUUCAAGAUCUUCACUAUUCUUCUUCGUUUAGGACUGAUGAAGCCACUGUGUGGCGAAACGUUUCCUCAAUACAGAUAUCCAUGUAUUACACACGUGUCUAAUUUAUCAUGAAUUUGUAUGUACAGUUUCUACUUACAUACGCAGUGAGUGUGUGGUGAAAGUCAGCGUCACUGUUCACCCCUUAGUUUGUAUGCAUGUGAGGUAUGCGUAACAUUGUAUUGACUCUUGUGUAAGGCACCUAUGCCCCCAUCCAACCAUAUACAUGCCUAUGUUAAAUCAUUAUACCCUCUUACGGACGUAUUUCUCUCAGUCGAUACUUUUUUAUAAGAACAUAAGAAUGGAGGAACACUGUGGCAGGCAUAUCAAAUCCUUAUCAAAAUCAUUCAUUCUCAACCACGCAUUAGUCCAACCUUUUUCCAGAGCUACCCAAGUAUCAUGCAAAAAUUGUGCAUUUAUGCGAACGCUGCCCACAGUCAACUGAGCGUCACCCCCCUCCCAAACACACACAGUCACGUACACGUCUUCCUCUUACCCACAGUCAAGCACACAUCUUCCCCUCUCCAGCAAAGACGUACACGUCCCCUUUCACCCCUCCCCUCCCACCCC